CCGCAGGCAGGCAGCUGGGGUAGAGUCAUGCUGCGGUUCCUCCUUCUGGUGGCCCUUUCGGCCAGUGCCCUGGGCCAUGACUACGGGUACAGCCACGGGUAUCGAAGUAUCAACUUGAGACCCUAUUGGCACGCCAGGUACCUGGCCCCGAUCCGCCUGCGUUACCCGGGUAUCACUGACUCCACCGCCAGUUACAUCGCGUACUACAUCCUGAACAACCCGUCCCGGCUGAUCUUGCCCCGCCUCCGUCUGCCGAAUAUCAUUUACGGGAGGCCGGUGCCGGUUCGAUACUGGGUCACCUACAUCACUUCCCUGAUCGACCUGCUGCCACCUGUGUUCUACCAAAGCAACAACUACGUCACCCAUCUGAGCUCCUAUGUGAACCAGUACUACCCCGGCGUCGUCACCGGCGGCCUGUACACGAGCCACCUGGCACUGUGCGACAUCUACUUUGCCAACCACCUUCUGGCACCUAUCUCCUGGAACGCGUUCAGAGGCUUCUACGGCCAGUACGUCCUCCAUCACGGCCACGGCAAUGUGUUCCCCCCGCUGGUGUGAUUGCGACCCGCCUGGGUGGCUACAACUACGGAGUGGGCAGGUACUUCCGCAGAAUCAGGCUCCGUUCGCUUGUGCACGGAAAAGACCCACAUCCAGUUCCCGACGCUGCCCGUGUUCCGCCCGUCGUCGCUCGUGUACCAGCGGAUCACGCAGCGUGGCGUGUACCGGUACGUGAAUAGCUACUACCCGUACGGCUGGUCGCGCUACAUCAACCGGCUCA